ACAAAAUAAUAUAUUAUCAGAUGAUUUACCUAUAUAGCGCAUCGAAAUUAUUAUUUUAUUUAUUUUACGGGGCCAUUAACUCUGAAAAUAUGGUUAUUGUAUUAUUAUAGUGUUGUAAAUAACGAAGAUUUAAGUUUUAGGGUUAUUGUGUGCUGAUUUUCGUUUCGGAAUUUAUAAUUUUCUGGUGCAGUUUUAACAGCGGUUCAACCGUGCGUAUUAUAGGUGUGUUUUAUAAUAACCACAGGAAGUUAGUACUUAUCGAACGUUUUCUAAAUCAAGAUGGCCAACUUAUUCAUACUAUAGAAUGCUUUAAUAGUUUUAUGCCACUAUGUACUUGAAGCGUCAACUAUUGAAAAAGAUUAAGGUCAGAAACAAAACGGUGCUACCGCAAUAAUGCAACAAUCAUGAUCGACGUACCGAACGUAAAAGAUAAAUAUUAUAUUACUUACGGAAUGUUUUACUUAUUGGGGAUUCUCACUUCGAUCCCGAACUAUUUUUUUAUCACUGCUAGCAGGUACUGGAUGUACAAACUCAGACCCCUACCGGACCCGAGCGAGGUAAUGCCAGGUCCUGGACCCCCAAAAGAGAGAAACGUUUUACAAGCCAGUUUUCCCUCGUGUUACUUUAUCACUAUACAAAUUUCCCUGGUGGUUUUUAUCUUUUUGACUGCGACUUGCUCGAAGAAACUGCCGCCGCCCGAUAAAAGGAUUUCGGCCGCCCUAUGGUGCUCUUUGGUGUUUUAUGUCGUUAAUUUGAUAUUUUGCCAACUGGUCACCGAUAAGUUUCAGCUCGCCUUUUUCUUCCUGGUGCUACUGAUUGUAUGCUGUCUAGGAGUAUGCGGGGCCGUAAUUUUAAUAAGCCUUUUCGAAAUGAUACGAAAAUUCCCCUCGCAAUACUACGCGGCCAUAUUAACGGGGCAGCCGUUAAGUGCGGCCAUAUCAGCGGUGAUACAAAUCCUCACAAUUAUAUAUACCGACAAUCCAAUAUCGCAGGGCACCAUUUUUUUCACCAUAGGUUCUUUAUUGGUGUUGUGCACCAUAGCGGUCUAUUGGUUCUCGAAACGAAACUCCCAAUAUUUCAUCUAUAAUACCGGGAACGAUAUAAGCGUUGAUGUUCAGCAACCGCGCGAACGCAAACAUUUAGUUUUGCACAUUUGGAGGGUGGUAAAAUCGUCGCCGGCGCAGGUUAAAGUUUGCUUGGGAGCGUUGGUUUUGGUGGUGAUGGUCUCUUCUACCGUUUAUCCAGGUUUUAUGUCGUUAGUUGUCGCACAGGAGAGCACUGGAAGGACCGAUAACGAAUGGGCAGAGAUAUACUUUGUACCAGUAAUCACCUUUUUAGUAGGAAGCCUUUUCGACUUGAUAGGAAGACUUUUAGCAGCAAAGCUUCAAAGGCCAAAAAACUUGAUGGUCAUCACUUUGAUAGCAGUGGCUCGAUUCGCCUUUAUACCUUUAAUGAUUUUAUGUAACGCCCAACCGAGAAUGCGCAUUCCGGUGGUGUUUUACGAUCUGCCUUACGUCAUUUUCACCAUAGCGUUUGCCUUCUCUAACGGACACAUGAUCAAUUUAUGCGUCUUACUCGUAUCGGAAAAGGCCGAAUCCGUAGAGGAAAAACGCGAUAUAACGAUAGUGGCUGUGAUAUUGGCGGUGCUUGCCGCAGCGCUGAGUUCCUUCUUCAGUUUAAUACUUGUAUAUUCUUUGUAGCUGAGAAAUCUCAACGAGUAAGCAGAGAGACUAUAUAUAUUUUUUUUUAAUUCUGGUAAAAGCUUUAACUGUUCAGUAUUACUCCCUAAUAAUAGUAAGAAUAAACGCCAAUGAUUUGGUUAAUUAAU